GUAACACGCAGAACAUGAACUGAGGAGGCGUUCGUUGUACCUUUGUCCAAGCUAUCCAAACGCAAAAAUCCCAUAAAUGGAUCGUGGGUCGAAACGGCGACAGGUGAAGCCUUUGGCUGCCUCUUUGCUGGAUGCUCUGGAUUAUGAUAGUUCAGACGACAGUGACUUUGAAGUAGGGGAUGCAUCAGGUUCAGAUGGCACUGGGAAUGGAAGUGACGAAGAGGGUUCAAAGGACAGCGCUGCGGGCUCUGAAAGCGACUCGGAUGCCAUUGGCUCAGCUAAUGAGGAGGGCAUAGAUGAAGAUGAGGCUAAAGAUUUGGCCGAAGACACCGAAGAGGAGGAGAAAGCCAAAGAAAAAUCUUUCUCAGAGGAGACCAGCAGCAAAGAAGCAGGAGGAACUUCUAAAAAUCGCAAGAAAGCAGAAAAAGCCUCUGACACGGAACCAAACGGGAGUGGUACUGCUGAAGAAGGCCUGACGGAGCCUAAAAAAUGGAACCUACGGCGGAACCGACCAAUGCUUGACUUUACCACGAUGGAGCAUCUGAACGUAAUGGACGAUUAUGACAGCGAGGAUGACAAUGAUUGGAGGCCAACUGCAGGAAAAAAGAAAGGCAAGACAUCUGGCAAGGAGAAAGGAGGAAGUGAGGCUGAGGAGGGUGGGGGUAGCAAUGAAGAGGACAACGAGGAUGAUGAUGAUGAUGAUGACGACGACGACGACGAUGAUGAUGACGAUGAUCAAAAUGACACCAGUAGCAGUGAUAGUGAACAGGAAGGGAAGAAGCCAAAGAGGAAAGCAGGAAAGAACACAGGGGUGUUCGAUGAAGAAGAGACCAAUGACAGUCACAGCACAUCUCAUGGGAAGGGCAACGAAGACUUCUUGCUGGAGCGGCCCCAGACGUGGAGCUCCCAGAGGAUGGAGCAUAUCCUUAUCUGCUGCGUGUGUCUUGGAGACAACAGCGAGGAUGCGGAUGAGAUCAUCUAGUGUGACAACUGUGGCGUGACCGUACAUGAAGGUUGCUAUGGUGUCGAUGGCGAAAGUGACUCUAUCAUGAGCUCGACUUCUGAGAACUCAACAGAACCGUGGUUCUGUGACGCUUGCAAGAACGGGAUCACGCCCAGUUGUGAACUCUGCCCAAGUCAGGACGGAAUCUUCAAGGAGACUGACGCAGGGAGGUGGGUACACGUGGUCUGUGCCCUUUACGUUCCCGGGGUCGCAUUUGGGGAUAUCGACAAACUGCGGCCAGUUACGCUCACGGAGAUGAACUACUCAAAGUACGGAGCCAAGGAGUGCAGUUUGUGCGAGGACGGGCGGUUUGCUCGUACGGGUGUCUGCAUCAGCUGUGAUGCAGGAAUGUGCCGCUCAUUCUUCCACGUGACAUGUGCGCAGCGGGAAGGGCUGCUGUCCGAGGCUGCUGCAGAAGAGGACAUUGCAGAUCCAUUCUUUGCCUACUGCAAACAACACGCUGACCGUUUUGAUAGGAAAUGGAAAAGGAAGAACUAUCUGGCCCUGCAGUCCUACUGCAAAGUGUCCUUGCAGGAGAGAGAGAAGCAACUCACGCCUGAAGCUCAGGCUCGAAUCACUACCCGGCUCCAGCAGUACAGAGCAAAGGCAGAGCUGUCCCGAAAUACUAGAACUCAGGCAUGGGUGCCCCGAGAAAAGCUUCCCCGGCCACUCACCUCUAGUGCUUCAGCCAUCCGUAAGCUGAUGCGUAAAGCCGAGCUCAUGGGUAUCAGCACAGACAUCUUCCCUGUGGACACGUCAGAUACCAGCGCAAGCCUGGAUGGCCGUCGUAAACACAAACAGCCCGCCCUCACUGCAGAUUUCGUUAACUACUACCUGGAGCGGAACAUGAGGAUGAUUCAGAUCCAGGACAACAUCGUGGAGCAGAAGAACCUUAAAGACAAGCUGGAGAGCGAGCAGGAGAAGUUGCACAUGGAGUACAAUAAGCUGUGUGAGUCUCUGGAGGACCUGCAGAAUGUCAAUGGCCAGAUGAGGACCGAGGGCCAGGCCAUAUGGAGCACGAUGGGAGGGAUUCUUGGACAGAAACUGAACUCUCCUGCCGUUCUGAAAGCCCCCAAAGAGAGAAAGCCAAGCAAGAAAGAGGGAGGAUCACCAGGGAAAUCGUCUAACCUUCCUGCUGUGCUCUACAGUUGCGGAAUCUGUAAGAAAAACCAGGACCAGCAUCUUUUACUGCUGUGUGAUACAUGUAAGCUGCACUACCACCUAGGCUGCCUGGACCCUCCUCUCACACGCAUGCCGAAGAAGACCAAAAACAGCUACUGGCAGUGCUCUGAAUGCGACCAGGCCAGCAGUGACGAAGCGGAUAUUGCCAUGGAGACGCUACCCGAUGGAACUAAAAGGUCCAGGAGGCAGAUCAAGGGACCAAUCAAAUUUAUUCCUCAAGAAAUGAGCCCAGAGCCCAAAAAGCCUCAAGUGAGAGGGACAAGAACCAGAGGCCAGAAGAGGAAGAGGAUGUCCAUCUGUGAGGAAGAAAAGAUUGAGGAACCGUCGCCGCGGGAGCGAAGACAGAGGCAGUCUACUCUGCAGAAAAAACCCACCAAAGCCGAUGACACACGAACCGAGUGCACCACCUGCAAGGGCCCGGGCGACAAUGAAAACCUAGUGAGGUGUGACGAGUGUCUGCUAUGUUACCACUUUGGCUGUCUGGACCCUCCCCUGAAAAAGUCACCCAAACAAACGGGUUACGGAUGGAUCUGUCAGGAAUGUGACACCUCUUCAUCGAAGGAGGAGGAAGAGCCACGAGAUGUCGAUGCAGAGCCUGUGAAAGAGGAAUUGACAGAGCAAGAGAUUCCAUACUGAAUAAUUCUCAACGUUACCUCACAUGUCGCACAUAGUCUUGUCUCAACAGUGACAUCACCUCAUUUACCGCUGAAUAGCAGGAUGCAGACGUUCAUCGCCACUGCUUUAUCAGUCUGAAUCUGUCCUCUAACCUCUAAAGUCAUCAGCCCUGUGAUCUCUGUUUAACAAAUAAAUAGGACAUUGUAUAGACUCAGCGUAUGCUUAAAUCGACCAUCUGUGAAUUCUGGAUUUCAGAGCUCAACCAAGGGAAUUAAAGUACUGAAAGAUCUCAGUGGUGAUGCUGAUACAGCAGAAUUACCUGAACACGCAUCUGUUCCUUGAUCUGCAUACGAGUCUGUUUUUUCCUUCAUUAUAUGAUUUUUUGGCUUGAAAUUUGUGCCCAGUCAAAGUCCCCCCCUCCCCACAAACUAAUUGACGUUUUCCAUUGCUCUUCCUUAAUAUGAAUAUCCUUAGUGGUAUGAAAUCAUACUGGCAUUGUUUGUCCAGAACUUUUUUUCAUGCAAUGGUUCACGUCGUAUUUUUAUAAACCGAAAUUGUACUGUACUGUUGUCUAUCCUUUCACAUAAACAUGUGAUUUACUUUUAACACCCAUGUAUUAUUCACAAACUUCUAUUGACAGCAUAACUGACAUUAAGUGGUGGCUUUUGUUAUGUUGAGAAUUCACUACUUAUUGAUGGUAAGAGCAAAGUCUAUUUUAUUAUUGUUACAAAUAUCAUUUUUUAUAAAUAUGAUAUAAUUCAACCCACCUUUAUAACUGACGGUGUUCUCACCGGCCUCAUGCGUUGACAUUUCGUUGAGGCCGUUACGUGUCUAAAGCAUUAUUUUGAUGUGAAGAUGUUGGAACAAUUCAUCUGCCUCUAUAUCAAUUCAAGGAGAGUGUAUUUAGGUACUUUAUAAACAUGACAUUCGUAAUAAACAUUACUUGUGAAUUUUUAUAUAA